UGCCGCGCGGCCCCGCCCCCUCGCCGCGCCUGGCCGAGGCGAGCGGAGCCGCGGGCGCUGCGGGCGGACAAGAUGGCGGCGCCGGGCGAGUACUUCAGCGUGGGCAGCCAGGUGUCCUGCCGCACCUGCCAGGAGCAGCGCCUCCAGGGCGAGGUCGUCGCCUUCGACUACCCCAGCAAGAUGCUGGCGCUCAAAUGCCCCUCUUCCAGUGGCAAGCCCAACCACGCAGACAUCCUGCUCGUAAACUUACAGUACGUGUCAGAAGUGGAAAUAAUCAAUGACCGCACGGAAACGCCUCCCCCUUUAGCCUCCCUCAACGUCAGCAAGCUUGCCAACAAAGCACGGACGGAGAAGGAGGAGAAGAUGAGCCAGGCGUAUGCAAUUAGUGCUGGUGUCUCUCUGGAGGGGCAGCAGCUCUUCCAGACCAUCCAUAAGACCAUUAAAGACUGUAAAUGGCAGGAGAAGAACAUAGUUGUGAUGGAAGAAGUCGUCAUUGCCCCUCCCUACCAGGUGGAAAACUGCAAAGGCAAAGAGGGGAGCGCCCUGAGCCACGUACGCAAAAUAGUGGAGAAACAUUUCCGGGACGUGGAAAGCCAGAAGGUCCUGCAGCGUUCACAAGCACAGCAGACACAGAAGGACACGUCCCUGUCAUCCUGAGGCCACCUCGAGGCCACCACCCCGUCCCCGUGUCCCCUCCUGGAGGCGGCGCCGGGGGCACCUUCAACUUUUAUUUCCUUUUUUUUUUUUUUUUCUUUUUUUUUUUUUUUUUUUUGGGG